CUUUCCGUACUUUCAAUCAUGAAAUGGUGGGUGGAUUGUUGCUACACAAACAAAAGAAAAAAAAAAUUCAGGGGGAAAAUUACAGAUGAUUGGACUGUUUGAUUGUCCUUCGUCACCUUGUCAACUGAAAACAAGUGAUUUCCUUUUUCGGAGAAUGAGGACGUCCAACUGUUUCGCAUCAAAAUUGCUGGUAUGGGAAACUAACCUUUUCUCACAGGAGCUAGAUAGGCUUUCGUUGAACAGACCAUCAUCGAGCUGCAUAUAAUUAUUUUAUAAAAUUAACCACGACUACCGCAUUCUUACAAAAGUGCAUAUUACACUGUGUGGAAGCUUGUUCACCGUCCUGGCUGGUAGAUUUAGCCUUUUUUGUGUGAUCCGCCAAAAUAACGAAUAUCCAUAUACAGAAUGACUUUGGGUAAACUGAAUAUCGUUUUUGACAAAUUUCUCCUUUGUCCCCAGUUCUUUGUGCUCUUUAUUUUUUUCUUUCGACCAUGUCCAAUCCCAUCCUCGACAAUGUUGAAUAUUUUAUUCAGCAGGAGGAACAGCAACGACAGGAGUUGAAACCCACCAAUUCCUACGACAGUCAUUCUCGGCAUCACCUGGAUCCGUUACGGCGGAAAGACAGUAACGACACCGCCAAUACGCAGACAGGCGAUGCAUUUGUUCAAAGGUGGCAGUCGCUCAUUCGACGCAUGUCGGUCAAUAUUCAACGAGAGGAAGGCACGCCCGAUAACGAGUUGGUGGUCGGCACAGACCUUCACCUUUCGGACCAUGAACGUCAAUUAAUGCUAAAUAUCCCGGCCCCGAGUCUCGACGAUAAUCUGCCUUCCAUGGAAGAAGUGGCUAAGGAAAAUGCAAAAGCACUCAAGUUGGCCGAACUCAAAACAAGUUACUUUGAGCAUCCCUUUGAGUCCGAUGUGAGUGCGCCUAGUUCCGUCGAUAUUACCAAGCAUCCAUCCAAGAAAUCCCAUGAUCUGUCAGACCCCACUCGCCGCGACAGUAAAUUCACAGGCCACGACGGCGACGAUCAAGAAGCGUCGCAAGAAAACCAAGAAAACCCACCAUCUGAAGUCGUCAAUCCCAAAGCCCGUGCGCAAUGGGGACGAUCGAUAGAAAAAAUUCGUGUACUGAACAGUCUAUCUCAAGUGACGAGCAAGCCAGCCAAUACACAUGCACAGUAUAGCAAAAUUCCUCUUGCACCUUGGUACACUCCUGCCUUGGCUGCUCCACUUUACAUGGCCAUUGUAUCCGAAGAUGAACAUGAUCGAAAAGCUCCGCCGAUUCUGUUUGAUGUUCUAUCGGUGGCUAUUACGGACAGUGAAAUCGAACAAUCGUCGCUUCACCGGUUGUGGGUAUUUCGGAUAGAAUUACAAUAUGGCGAAAUCAAAUGGGUCAUCAAACGAACCAUUCUCGAAUUUUAUAAUUUGCACUUGACACUCAAAUUUAAAGCUGGGAUCUCUGGCUACCUUCCACACCCACCUUCUUUCCCAAGCCAAUUAGCUCACUUGUGCAAUGCGGCUCUAACGUCCAUGCGGAUUGCACGUGAAGAGGAUCAGCGCGACGAGGUAUGGCGUGAUGUCACACUAAAACGACGAGAGGCCCUGGAACAAUACUUGAAAGAUCUCGUCCAAGGUUCAAGAAUGUGCGUCAACUACGAUCUGUGUGAAUUUCUAGAAAUUAGUGCCAUUAGUAUUGUCAAGGACAUGGGAUGGAAAGGCAAAGAAGGCUAUUUGGAACACAAGAUGAAUUCAGCGUCGCCUUCACUCAUGCAGCUCGUCCGACGGAGCCGAUGGGCCAAGGAAUGGAUUAUUCUGAGAGACUCAUACAUUGCGUUUUGCAAGGAUAUCGAUUCCUCGACGCCUUCCGAUGUGCUUCUUUUUGACAGCCACUUCAAGUUUAAACGUGGUCACAGUGCAUUUGCCCCGUAUCAGGCCUCGCAUAUUACCCUGUGUAACAGUUCCAGACGCAUCGAAAUCAAAGGACCCACCAAUCGUCACAUUGAAGACUGGGUCCACAGUCUUCGUAAAAUAGAGAAAGAGAGCCCGUGGGUUGCAAACCAUCGAUUUGGCUCGUAUGCUCCCAUUCGAGAAAACGCCAAAGUCAAAUGGUUUGUGGACGGUGAAGACUACUUUGCUGCAGUGGCAGAAGCCAUUCUGUCCGCUAAAUCUGACAUCUACAUCGAAGAUUGGUGGCUUAGCCCGCAGUUGUAUUUGCGACGACCGCCCAAAGGCAAUGAGGAAUACAGAAUAGAUCGCCUUUUAAAACGCAAAGCCAGUGAAGGGGUCAUGAUCUAUAUUGUUAUUUACAAAAAUAUAUCCAUGGCUCUUCCCCUCGACUCCCAGCACACCCGUGAUUGGCUUCAAAAUGCACAUCCAAAUAUUAUUGUUCAGCGGCACGCAAAUUUGACGUCGGCUUUUUGGGCACAUCAUGAGAAAAUUCUCGUGGUAGAUUAUCGCCUCGCUUUUGUUGGCGGUUUUGAUUUAUGCUUUGGACGCUAUGAUACCCCAAGUCAUGACCUGACAGACUAUUGCUCGGACGAUCCAUGUAAUUCAGAAAUCUUUCCGGGUCAGGAUUAUUCCAAUCCUCGAGUGAAGGAUUUUACAAAAGUAUCGCAAUAUGAUAUGGAACUGAUCGAUAGAAAAAUGACACCACGGAUGCCAUGGCAUGAUGUGCACACAGCAAUGGUUGGGCCACCAGCAAGAGACAUUGCGCGCCAUUUUAUUCAGCGAUGGAAUUUCAUCAAAUCCACGCGUGCCAAGGAUAGGAACAGCAUACCGUUCUUGAUGCCCAAAGGUGAGUAUGUGGCCGCCAGAGAUGAGAGCAAGUUCCGCGGGACAUGUCGUGUCCAAGUGGUCCGAAGCAGUGCUGAAUGGAGUCUUGGUAUCGUUCGCGAGUAUUCUAUCUAUAAAGCGUACAUGGAAUGCAUUUCGAAAGCGAAGCAUUACAUUUACAUCGAAAAUCAGUUUUUCAUUACUGCUACGCAUCCCGAAGAUAAACUCAUCAAGAAUAAAAUUGGACAGGCUAUUGUGGAGCGAAUCAAGCGUGCUCAUCGCGAAAGAAAAAAGUUUAGAGUGUUUGUGGUGAUCCCAUGUGCACCUGGUUUUGAAGGCGACUUUACGACACCAGAUAAGCGAUCCAUGGCCCUUCGGUCCGUGGCCCACUAUCAGUACCUAUCGAUAUCACGAGGAGGAAGCUCGAUUCUAGAGACAUUGUACCAGGAAAACAUUCCAGCCGAACGCUAUAUUGGCUUUUACAGUCUGCGAAAUUGGGGACGCAUUAAACAUUCUGCAGCGAAAGCGGCUCCACCACCUCCUUGUACCGAUGAUGCAACGCCGAUAUCACCAACGAGCUCAACAAGUGCUGUUUCUGACCCGUUGCCUCAAAAAUCCGAUUCACGACGCAACAGUGGCGGAGUGAAUCGGUCGAACAGUGGAAGACAACCUCGUACGCGAAGAGCCAGAGCAAGGUCGUCAUUGGCAUCCUUGGCCACCAUUAAAAGUGGCAACAACUCGGGUAUAGAGGAUCCCGUGCGAAGCAGGUCCGAUGGAAGCAGUGGCAGUAACGAUCGCGGAGAUAUGAACGAUGGCCGUAUGGAUAUCGUGACCGAACAAGUAUAUAUCCAUUCCAAGCUUCUUAUUGUGGACGACAAAACAGUGAUUUGUGGCUCAGCCAACUUGAAUGAUCGGUCUCAAUUAGGAAAUCGCGACUCGGAAAUAGCCGUUGUCAUAGAAGAUUCCGAUCUCGUAUCGUCCACCAUGAACGGACAGCCGUACAAGGCCGCAAGAUACGCUUUAACACUACGUAUGCAUCUGUUUAAAGAGCAUCUUGGGUUGUUAAAAUCGACUGGCACUGGCCACGCGACGAUGCCUCAUCGUACUGUGACUUAUGAAGAUCAACUUGUCACUGAUCCUUUAUCGGACGACUUGCACAACCUGUGGCACGAUACGGCGGAAAAGAAUACAAAUAUUUACCAAUCGGUAUUCCGAUGCGUUCCCGAUGACACUGUAUAUACGUAUGAUGCACAUCGACGGUUUGUGCCGGAUCCCGCUCGUGUGCCUUAUGGUCACAUUGCUCAACCAUGGCGACUCAAUAACGAGGAAGUCGAAGCCAAGCUGGCCGAUAUUCGUGGCCAUCUAGUCCUUUUCCCCACCCAUUAUUUAUGCCAGGAGAACUUGACCUCCAGUAUUGUUCAAGAAGCUGUCCCACCCACUGUAUUUACUUAAUCUCCAAAACCCCAUUUUUAAAGAUUCCAAAAUCUCCAUUUAGAAACUACUUUUUUGUUUUUCUCCACUCCCAUGUUGUAAAAAUGCGCGGCGCGUCGCUUUUUUGUUUCUGGUGUUUUUCUUUUUCCUUUUUUCGGGGAACAACUUCUUUUUUUUUUUUUUCCUUCUGAAACUAAGCGACUUAUUUAAUCGGCGCCUGAAUACUAUGUGUGUUGAGG